GGCCUAAUAAUAGAUCUAACCCCUCCCACAUGCAUGCGAUGCAAAGCAGCCUCUAUUAUUUAUUUAUUGAAACUCCUGAUCUCUUAGCAUAUUGAAACCUAAAGCUUUCUGCUGUCUCAUGCUGGAUUUUCCCUAACCUGUCAAAAUAAGAUUCUAGUCGCAGGAUGAGUAAUUUCCGAGUGGCACUGUUGCGUGUCAGCGAACAGCUAACCAACCAACAACUGGAAUUUCUCAAGUUUCUAAGUCGGCCCAUCCUCACUAACUCGCGUAUUGACAGAAUUCGAUCAUCUCUCGAUCUCUUUAAUGCACUAGAGGAGAGAGGUAGACUCUCAGCAGAAAACACGGCCUUCCUACACCGAAUGCUAGAGAGCACCGGUUAUAAUGAAGCACGUAGACAACUUAUUGAAUUUCCCCCUACUAGACCAGUAGAGAUUGAUCAAAAUUUCCUCUUCUACGAGUGUCUUCUAAGGAUUGCCAUGGAUUUAGAAUCGGGCGAAUUUGACAAUAUGAAGUACUACUUCAAAGACCAGCUCAAGCAGAAUGUUCAGAGGAUCUACACGGCCACAGAACUGUUCCAACUCCUUAUUCAGAGGCAGAUUAUCCGGAAUACUGAUUUGAAGCAGCUCUAUAAUGCCCUUAUUACAGCUGGUCGUGUAGAUCUGUGCGAUAAGGUGAAUCAGUACAUGCUGCAAGUUCAAAGACAACCUUACCAACAGCUCACAGGUGGUGCUGUCCCCAACAGCCUGUACACUGGUGAUCAACAACAACAACUGGGUCAACCAAUGCAAGAGACUCCACUGAACGAAUCAAAUCCUCACCUAUCUCGUAUCGAUAGCUACUCCUCCUCCUCAUCCCUCUCACCCCUCUCCCCUGUCAGCAGAGCAGGGUCCGGGGCGUCCACCCUGGGAUCCAUGGGAGUGCCUGAUAUUACCUCUCCACCCUCUGGUGUUGGGAGCCUCCCUAGCCAACCGAGUAUGGACUCAUCACAGCACCAAUUCAUUGCCAGUAAUGGACAAUCCUUCACAGCAAACAGAAGACAGUUAUCACCUGCACAUCAAGGGAAUGCAGUAGUGAACAAUGGAGUACAGCAUAUUCCUCAGAAUAACCCACAGCCCAUGUAUGGACAACGUUCUACACAAGACGACACGCGUUACCAAGGUGUACACCCUGAGAGUCAACAGUAUUAUUCGCAAUCUACAGGCCAGCCGUCACAGACAAAUUAUGGAGUCAUAAACCCAAACACACAACAGUCCAAUUAUGGACAUCAACACCCGGAGAGCCAGCCGUCCUAUCCUGUUCACCCAGUGAGUCAGCCAUCCUAUCCUGUGAGUCACCCAUACUAUCCUGUACAAUCCCCGCCUUCUACACAAAGUCCCGCGUUUCAUGUCGGAGAAGAACCUUUGCAGUAUUCACAACCUCCGUAUUUGGCUGCUGUUUUCAACAUGGAAGAGGAGAAACAACAGCAAUCUCGGAAUCAGCAACUGCAGUCCGAACUCGCACGUAAAGACAGUGAACUAAGAAUGAAAGAAGACAAUAUCAUGCAGUACCAAACCCAACUCAUGGGCAUGCAAGCAAGAAUCAACUCUGUGGCCGAUCAGCACCAGGGCAAAGAGAGAGAGUACGAACAAAAGAUCUCUGAACUUGAAACGCUUUUGAAGCGGAUGACAAAUGAAGCUGAGCUGCAGAGAAAAGAAAUGCAAACUGUCCACCAACAGUUGCAAGUUGCCAACCCACAGUCGGCACAAGACGAUGACGACUAUUACAAAAUGAGUCGAAGUCCCCACGGUGUUUGCUUAAUCGUUAACAACUACGAAUUCCACCAUUCUGACCCUGACAAACAACACCCUCGCAGAAAUGGAGCAGAUGUUGACGUACACAACCUUACACAGACCUUCAAAUACCUUCGUUACAAAGUUGAAGUCAUGGAAAAUCUAUCCUCCACUCAAAUGAAAGAAGAAUUGCUCCGUAUGGCCAACCGAAGCCACGCCCAGUACGACAGUUUCAUAUGUUGCAUUCUGACCCACGGGGAGCAAGGUGUCGUACACGGAUCAGAUUGUGAAGCUGUUAACUUGAACGAUCUAGCUGGAGUCAUGAAGAUGUGUCCCUCUCUCUUCGGAAAGCCAAAGCUGUUUUUCGUACAAGCCUGUCGGGGAGACCAAGAGACCAAAGGAUUUGACCUCCCUGAACGUGACACAGGGGGUGGUCCUUAUCAUAACACGAUCCCACAAGAGGCCGACUUCUAUUUUGGAUUUGCCACACCCACAGGAAGCUCUGCAUAUCGUAGUCGUCGCUAUGGUUCGUGGUUCAUAUCUGAAGUAUGCCAAGUGUUUAUCAAGCAUUCGUAUACGCACGACCUCGGGGCCAUGAUGGUAAAGGUCAACAAAAGGGUGUCUGAUGCGUACACCAAGGACGGGUACAAGCAAGCACCUGAGUCUGUGAAUCGUCUUCGAUUUCAAGUUCACUUCUUCCGAUUUAUCAAAGGCAUUGGCCAUUGAACUAACUGUGUAGAGUCUGUGUGCAUAGAGCGUACCAAGUAUUGUUGUAUGUGGCAUGUUUAUAUAAUUACUCAAUAUAUAUAUAUUUUUUGUGUUCUAGCUGUAUCUCACUUUAAUUUUUUGGCACUUACAUAAUUAUUACUAUAAAAUUACUAUGAUUGUAUGAUUAUCCCUCGUUUGUUUUCCAUUGAAACAAUUUUUAUCGAAAAAAAAAAUUAAUGUUUGAAUUAG